AUGACAGACAUCCUAAGCGUCUACUCAGCCAUCUACCUCUGCGGUGCGGCCGGGAUACUCAAAAGCAAGCAAGCCUGUGGACCGCGAGAGUUGCAAGGAGAUCUGCGGACGAGAUUCGAGGACCAGGACGUUAUUCGGGUGGCGGAGAAGUUGAGGCCCAGAAGACUGGGCCGACAUUCGAUGAAUACUAUAGGAGGCGUAACCAACGGCAAUGAUCUCGUUGCGGCUUACGCGAGGCAGAGCCGUCACUUCCCGGGCCCAGUGGCUAAGUCGGGAUUGAAGCUCGUUAAGGUGGAUGAGAGGCCGCAGAGAUAUGAAAAUCGAGACAAGAUCUAG